AUGCUGGUCGCACUGCUAUGUGUGAUCACUACGCUAACGUUCGUUUGCACAACGUCUGCUACUUGCUUCAAAUUCUUUAGAAAGAAAACAGAUCUCCCUUAUGGCCCUGCAAAUAGAUCGCCCACACCGAGAUCGCUUUCUCCGGGAUCAAGAUUGAAAAAGAAAAGUCCCAAGAUUUUCAAGCGAAGUGCGUUGACGCCACGGCGCACUUUUUCUCGUCAAUCCUCGACCAGUGCCACCACUAAUCCGCUCUCGCCUACCACGACCGCUGCAUCAACAGAGACCAAGCCGAUCAGUGCCAGCAAGGAGGCGCUCAGUGGCUCUGCUCUAACAGAUGGCAAGAGGACAAUGCGCGUGGAAAAAACGCAGCCGAUAUCAUCGCAGGAAACGGUGAAAGAAGAACUCGGUGAUGUACAGCUAGUUAAAGCUAAACCAAGAAAAGACAUUGUAGAGAUUCUCAAAAAUUGCCCAAAAUUGGAUAAGAAAUCCAGUGAGGAAUUCAUAUCAGAUUCGACGCGAAGCCUCGACGACACCUUACGUGGUGCUGAGUCAUUGAAGACGGACAAUCUGACGUCGUUGGCACCCCGAUCAUCUAUCGAAGCUGUUAUGAAACAUCUCAAGGCGAAUACAGAAACAGUGAAAUAA